GAUCAUGAAAUGACGUCGUUUCACUAACUGACGUCUUGUGAGCGAAACUUUGUCUGAACUUUUCUUUUUCAAAUGCAGCUGUCUCAUUUCUGCACACAGUGGUGAUUUCUUAAGUUGAGGGAGAACUUGUUGCUCUUUGAGGAAGCAAAGCUUCAUUGAUCUCAUACUACAGAUUUGCAACAUACGGGGUCUGUUGUCCUAAACCUGGUCCAACGGAAAACAACCAAAUACCUUAACUAAGGAGCUAAACCAGCAAUGGGAGACCCUGCAUUCACUCCAUCCACCAGUAUCCUCUCCCACACUCCGGCACAUCAUGGAACAACACCCGUGGCCCACGUUACCACAGUUUCACAUGGGAGAGGCACAGUGCAUCACCCUACGGCCGCAAUAAGUCCUCAUCAUACUUCUGGGCCUAGUGGAUGGCUCGCCGAGGAUGGUGGAGUCUGGCUUUUCAUUAUAACUGGAGUCAUCACGGCAGUAGUCCUGGUCUUACUGGUGUUGGCUAUAAUCAUCCUACGCUACAGAUACAGAUACAAGGGGACAUACUAUACUAACGAGAGCAUGGACCAAGACUGCAAUGAGAAAGACCCUCCUGAAACAAGUAACGAAGAGGUCCCCUAGGUUGUCCCGUACCGACCACAGAAAAUCCUGCAUGAAAUUUCCUCUCGGAAAUUGAGCCAUUGCUCACGUCUUGAAGACUAACAGAUAUUCCUGCGGUAUCGUAUUCAUAAUGACCGAAACAUUUUGUCUCUUCCUGUUUAUUCUUUUUGUAUCUUUAUACUUUUGAAUAUCUUUUUAUUGUUCCUUUACCCACAAAAUCAAUUCAGACACUGUGGUCAAUUAUUUGAAAUGCACAGAAACUGUGUGUAGAGACCUCUUUUGUAGUAUUUUUUUUUCAAUAUUCACAGCUGGAGUGUAAGUACAUAGGUUUUUUUUUUUACUCAAAUAUAACCUCCCAAGGACAAUCUCCCUCAGUAAUCUAAUUACUGAGGUCUAAAAACCUUGACAACGAAGAGUGUUGUGUUGUAAUCUGUCAUUUCUUUCAAAUGUGAAAAUGUGAGGUAAUUUGCACCUUCCAAAUGCUUUUUUCCUCAACGCCCUGUGCUAAUAGCUCCAAGCAUUUAGAUGGAGCUUACAAGGUGACUUUCUGAAACUUCCGAUGCACUG